CUUCUAAGAAAAAUCUUGAACUCCAUGAUCGUGAAUAGAAAAAAAUACAAUUGAGAUGAAAAAAAUCACUACAUAACUAAUAAAACAUAUGAUAGUCAAUAAAUGUUAUAUAUAUAUAUACACACACCAUCUUGUCUCCAAACGAAAAAAAUGUCAUAGUAUUUUCUUUGUUCACCAUUAACGAGAAAAUUAGAUCAACCUGUUUCCUUGUGAUGACGAAUGGACAACUAUUCUCCCGGACUACACAAGCUUUGUUUUACACCUACAAGCAACUUCCAAUUCAGCAAAUGCUCGAUUUUGACUUUCUUUGCGGUAGGGAAACACCAUCAGUUGCUGGUAUAAUUAGUCCUAGUUCCCACAAAUUUCAUAAGUUCUUUUUUGGUCAGCAGGAAAUUCUCAUCCCUGUUUAUUCUUCCAUUGAAGUAGCUUGUGUUGCACAUCCAAAUGCUGAUGUGUUAAUCAAUUUUGCAACAUUUGGAAGUGUUGUUGCAUCAUCUUUGGCUGCACUGAAGCAGCCAACAAUUAGAGUUGUUUCUAUUAUUUCUGAAGUUGUAUCUGAGUCAGACACUAAACAAUUGAUUGCAUGUGCUCGGGUAAACAAUAAGGUUGUUAUUGGUCCGACCAAUGUUGGAGGCAUUCAAGCUGGUGCUUUUAAGAUAGGUGAUACUGUUGGAACUAUUGAAAAUAUAAUUCAUUGCAAGCUAUAUAGCCCUGGAUCUGUUGGAUUUGUUUAUAAAUCUGGUGAGUUGUCCAAUAAAUUAUACAACACUAUUGCUUGUGCAACUGAUGGAAUUUAUGAAGGGAUUUCUAUUGGAGGAUAUGUUUUACCUUGCUCCACGCUUUCUGACCAUGUUUUAAGGUUUAAUAACAUACCACAGGUUAAAAUGAUGGUGGUACUUGGUGAACUUCAUGGGAGUGAUGAGUUUUCUAUAUUAGAAGCACUUAAACAAGGGAAAGUGACAAAACCAAUUGUUGCUUGGGGAGCUAAAAUUGGUGGUGAGGUGAAUUCUGCUCAAGCAAAGAAUAAAGCACUAAGAGAAGCUGGAGCUGUUGUUCCCACUUCAUAUGAAGAUUUUGAAGCUGCAAUAAAAGAGACAUUUGACAAAUUGGUUGUAGAAGGGAAGAUCACAUUAGUGAAGGAACUCAUAAGUCCUUCACAAAUCCCAGAGGACUUUAACACUGCAAUUAGGAAUGGAAAAGUACGUGUUCCAUCUCAUAUUAUUUCCACAAUCUCUGAUGAGAGAGGUAAGGAACCAUGCUAUGCUGGUGUAGCUGUGUCUUCCAUUAUUGAACAAGGUUAUGGUGUUGGUGAUGUUAUCUCUCUUUUGUGGUUCAAACGCAAACUUCCUCGUUAUUGUGCUCAAUUUAUUGAGAUGUGUAUCAUGUUAUGUGCGGAUCAUGGUCCUUGUGCCUCUGGUGCUCACAAUGCUAUAGUGGCUUCAAGGGCUGGGAAAGACACUGUCUCUUGUCUUGUAUCAGGUUUGCUUACAAUUGGUCCUCGGUUUGGGGGUGCCAUUGAUGAUGCUGCUCGUUAUUUCAAGGAUGCUUGUGACAGAAAUAUUACACCUUACGAAUUUGUUGAAAGUAUGAAGAAAAAGGGCAUUCGUGUGCCAGGCAUAGGGCACAGAAUCAAGAAUAGGGAUAACAAAGAUAAGAGAGUUGAAAUGUUACAGAAGUAUGCACGCAUGCAUUUUCCUUGUGUGAAAUACAUGGAAUAUGCUAAUGAAGUUGAAGAAUACACACUAUCAAAGGCAAAUAACUUAAUUCUAAACAUAGAUGGUGCAAUUGGGUCACUUUUCUUGGAUCUUCUUGUUGGUAGUGGAAUGUUUACUGAACUAGACGUUGAUGAAAUUGUGCAAAUUGGUUAUCUCAAUGGACUUUUUAUUCUCGCACGCUCCAUUGGUCUAAUUGGGCAUACCUUUGAUCAAAAGAGAUUGAAACAACCACUCUAUCGUCAUCCAUGGGAGGAUGUACUUUACACAAAAUGAGGGAUUCUGUAUGGCUGGAAGAACUUUGAAUGACUUCAAAUCAGCAAUAUUUUGGGUAAUUAUGAAUCAUGCUGGUAAAAUAUUUUAUUUUAUUUUAUUUUUGUAUGUAUUGGUAUCAACCCAUCGUCCAUUUGUAAGUUGCAUGAAAAAAUUGUUAUGAAAUAACUUAGUUAAAAUAAAUUUUUAUAUUGUCUCUGCACGAUGACAUUACUCCACUAUUGGGCCAAAAGUUCGGAUCAGUUUAAUUCUUAAACUUAUACUA